AUAUAUGAGACAUAGAAUAUGUCAUCCUAUUUGAUGAUUAUGUUCAAAAAAACGAGGCGAUUAGUUUGGUUGCAGAGCGCCACAGCAACGGGAAAAUAAGCUGAUAAACAGGAAAACAACUUUAAACCAUUUAUAUUCUGCUUGUUCUCCUCUUUGUCGGCACACAGACCCGUUGUCAUGGCAACCGACACAUCUCACAGAGCAGAGAGUAAUAUAUUACCCAGAAUGCCCUGCACUGUAGUUCGCUUCCUGCUUUUAGAGCGGUCUCCAGUCCAGUUGCAUUCUCACUGCCUUUCAAACUUUUAAGAGUUCACUUCAGAAGGACCGAGACCGAGGUUUUCAGAGUUCGCUUUUUUAGUCCGUUUUGGAAUUCAAAUUUGCAAUGACACUCCCCAAAUGAAUUGGGCUUACUAGACAAACGGAUUAGUCUGAUUAAAGUGGACCAAACAGGGCUGGUGAGAAAAGAUGUUGCAACCCGUUCUUUAACUACAAACAUGUUAGAUGGAGAGAGAUGCCCAAUAUUUUAAAAUUUGAUUAAAAUCAAGGUUCACAGUUAUAGUAAAUCAGUAACAAUGCUGAUCAUUUGUCAGUAAUUUAGUGAGAAUUAGUGCAAUUUCCAGCAGUUUUAUUAGAUUUACUCAUUUUAAAAUCAAUUUUAUCCUUUAUUUCACUGAAAUCAAUCUGUCAGUAAUUUUGAAGUUGAGAAUCUCUGUCCUGCUCGUUUGUCAAUGAGACAAAUAGAAUCUGAUUGCAAUAUUUUAACUGAAGUGUCUGAACAGGUUCCUCUGGCUGAUGAGACCAAACCAUCUGGAGGUGAGACCGCUCCAUCGGAGAAGAUGCCCAUCCCCUCUGUAGUGAUUGAACCUGCCUCCAGUAACGAAGGUGACGAUGACCGAGAUGCUGACAUCAUCUCACCUACAGCUGUCGGCGACGACGGGGCGGAGCCACAAAGCCGCGGCCUCAAACACAUGAGUCCAUCAGGCGGAGGCUCAGGAUUUCCUGAUGACUUUCUGUACAAGGUGGAGACCAUGCAUGAUUUUGAUGCUGCAAAUUCAGAUGAGCUUGAACUGAAAAGAGGAGAUGUGGUUUUGGUGGUGCCUACUGCUUCAGUGGAAGAUCAAGAAGCAGGCUGGCUCACAGGCAUAAAAGAAAGUGACUGGUCAAACCUUGGUGUUGGUGCACAAAGAGGACUUUUCCCUGAAAACUUUACCCAGCGUUUGAAUUAACAACUUUAUGUAAGAGAUAAAGAGGAAUCUAUCAAAUAUUUAUGCAAUCUGCCAAGACAGCAUGUAGCUGAGCCUGUUCAGUUUCAGGAAACUAACCUGCAGCACUGUUGUGUUGACAGCGGCUAAAACAUGACAAGAGUUCCUUCUCAGCAUGAAGUCACCCUGUUGUACCUUCUCUCUGAAUUACACGUUUCCUUGUAUUAAAACUAGAAAUAUUUAAUGGAGAAUUUUUGCUGAAACACAACAUAAAGGAUAAAUUAUGUCAAACUUUUUUUUAACUGUGUAAAACUAAUGAGGUGAUGUGUAGCUCCCUUGCAGCAUGUGUGUUGUAAUUAACUUGAAAAAUCUGAUCAACUUUGUGCAGUGAUCCAUUUCAGUGCUUUUAUGUGUAAUAUGAAAAUAAUGAAUCCUGUAUCUUGAUUUUAAUGGUCAUUGUUUCUGUGGUUCUUUAAUCACUAUUUCAUUGUUUAAUACAUGUUGAUGGAUGUUUGAUUCUUGUUUCUGGAAUCCUGAUAUGGAUUAUCUGAGGAUUUAUGGAAAUCACUUCAAGCAUGAUUGAAAUUAGAGAAUUUUCCUUAAUGAAAAUAUAAGUCAACCUGUUUGUUGAAAUGGACAGAAGGAAAUAAAUAAUAUAUAAAAUUUAAUAUUGUUAUGAUUGACAAAGUGACUUCAGAUUCAAGUAGAUAAAGUAAAGUGUCUCCUGUUAGCAAAUUACUGGCUACGUGUAGACAUUUAGGUCAUGUAGAAAACUAACCUGUGUAAAAAACAAAUAAAGCAUCAUUUAUAAAUCAA